AGCAGCAGCUGCCGCCUUCACCUGCCCCGCUGCCCGGAGAGGCGCCGCAGCAAUGAGGCCGAGUGUCCCGAGCCUUCAGUGCCCCAGGUUCCAAACUACAGGCUGUCGAUGACUAUACCAGACUGGCUCCAGGCAAUUCAGAAUUACAUGAAGACACUACAAUACAAUCAUACAGGGACCCAGUUCUUUGAAAUUAGAAAAAUGAGACCACUGAGUGGGUUAAUGGAAACAGCGAAAGAAAUGACUCGAGAGUCCUUGCCUAUUAAAUGCCUUGAAGCUGUCAUCCUGGGCAUAUAUUUAACCAAUGGACAGCCUUCCAUCGAGCGAUUCCCCAUCAGCUUUAAAACCUACUUCUCAGGAAACUACUUUCACCACGUUGUGCUGGGGAUUUAUUGCAAUGGCCGCUAUGGCUCGCUGGGCAUGAGCCGAAGGGCUGAGCUGAUGGACAAGCCGCUGACCUUUCGGACUCUGAGUGACCUUAUCUUUGACUUUGAAGACUCCUACAAGAAAUACCUGCACACAGUCAAGAAGGUCAAGAUUGGGCUAUACGUCCCCCACGAGCCUCAUAGCUUCCAGCCCAUUGAGUGGAAGCAGCUGGUCCUCAAUGUCUCAAAGAUGUUGAGGGCUGACAUAAGGAAGGAGCUGGAGAAAUAUGCCAGGGACAUGAGAAUGAAGAUCCUGAAACCUGCAAGUGCCCACUCUCCAACCCAAGUGAGAAGCCGGGGGAAAUCCUUGUCCCCCCGAAGGAGACAGGCAAGCCCCCCAAGACGGCUCGGCAGGCGAGAUAAGUCGCCCGCUCUGCCCGAGAAGAAGGUGGCUGACCUCAGCACUCUGAAUGAAGUGGGCUAUCAAAUCCGAAUUUAGGCAAGCCAUAUCAGCCAGCCAGAGGCUUCUGUGGUGCUUCCCUCUGCACUUUACCCAGCGUCUUCAGGAGGAACUGCGACUAUUUAUUAAGAACUUGUGGAUUUUAUUUUUAAGGAUUCACUCGGAGAUAGAAUUUGAGUGGGUGGUAACAACGUAAAAAAAAUUCACCAAGGGGCAACCAUGAAAAGGCUUGAGUCACAAACCCCACUGGGGUUGGACUACCUCCCCCACUCCAGAUGGAAAGAAUGACCCCAUCACUAGUUCUGUAUUUUCCCAUUUACCUACAUUCUUUUCUUGCUUCCAACAUUAUCCCUCACCAAGUAAAUGUUCGUGA